AUGUCAAAACUUAUACCUCGAUUAGUUUCUUCGCGUUUAUUUAAACACGAGUGGCAUACUAUAUGCCCACAACCCGUUAGCCAAAAUCGUAUUUGGUCUUCUUGCGAAGACAAAGGAUAUGAACGACAACAAUUACAAUGGAUAAAGUUGGCAUACAUUGCGAUAAGAAUUAAUGCUAUCAAUGCUAACACCUUAAUUAAAUAUCUAAUUGUAGAUCCUUUUCCUAAUCAAUGUUGCACGACAAAAAAAAAGUAUGCAUACUUCAAAAAAAUGUCUCUACAAAGUUUAAGAAAUAAACCUAGACGGCCUUUUUGGAAACUUCCCCAACAUCGUUUACCAGUCCUAUCUUUAUACAAAAGUUUGCUUAAAUUAUCCAAAUCAUUUCCCGAUGACAUUCAUCAAAAAUAUUUAUUUUACCAUAUUCGUCAAAAAUUUAGGUUAAGGAGGCAUGAAACUUCAAUAACUAAAACAAUUAACUAUUUAACAGAGGCUCAAGAGUGUAAAUCUACUAUAGUAAAAGCGCUUAAAGGAGAUAAAGAAGCUUUCCAAUAUAUUGAUGACUUAGCAUGGGGUAGAAAAGGGAGACUUAAAGAAUUGGAAAAUUGGAAGAAGCCUAAAUUGCAUAAAUUCGUCAAGGAUACACGUACUUAUGGUAAUCGCGCACGUGAUCCUCAUCCCUCCUAUAGAAUUCCUUUAGACAAACGUUUAUAUACUCCUCCAGAAUACAAGGAACCAAUAAAAAUAUUUCCAAAGAAAAAACAUCCUUUUAGACCAAAUCUACGUAGAUAUACAGUAGUUACUCAGUUGGGUUAUAAACUUUGGAGAGUUCGAGGAUGGAAACAACCCACUUGGAUUUCCUUGAUGAUGAAUAAACGUAUAAAAGCACAUCAGAGACGUAUUGAUAGAUAUCAUCAACUGGAAGAACAACUUGCGAUGGUUAGAUUAGAACAACGCAUGCUUCGUAUGUUAGACCCAACGUUAGCUCAAGAGGAAAAAGAAUUUGAAAAGAGAAUACUUAAUGAACUAAACGAAAGCAAAAAGUAUCAUGAUAGAAUACUUAAGAUGCAAGCAAAAAAAGAUGAAUUAGAUGAUGCAGACAUAUAG